GUUCUCAAUCUGCCCUUGGCAGCGUAUGCCUACAGUGCUGCCAUGGGAUGUUGUGGCUCCGUCGACAAAGACACCACUGAAAGGUUGGAGAACGUGAGCAAGGAGAUCAAAACUAUUGGUUUGAGUGCCGAUAGCGAUUCAUUGAAGGAGUUGGCAAGACAUGCCAAGGAACUUCAAGAGAUCUUUGAAGUCUUCGCCAAUGCUGGUGACAUGAGGAUGAUCGAACGUGUCCAAGACCUGAGUGAUGCCAUCGUGCGGAACCUCAUUGGGCGGAUCGACCUGGAGCUGUUAAAGAAAGGGGCAGCAGAGUAUCAGCCCACGCUCGAUGCAAUCAUGGCGGUAGCGACAGAUCUCGACACAGUCCGUGCCACCAAAGCGACCAAGCUGGUUGAAAGCCACUUGAGCCGACACCUCGAGCAGGUGCAGGCAGCUCAGGAGAAACAAGUGGAUCCCAUCAUCAAGAAGAUCCAAGCGCUCCGGGCGAAGCUCCAAGAGCCAGGGCAAGCAAAGAACUUAGUCCCUGGCACUAAGGACAUUGUUGACUCGGCAGAGCAAACCUUCAAAGCGGCUCCAGAGGCAAAACAGGUGGCCAAAGCGCUUCUUGAAGAGCUGGUGCCGCACUCGGUGUGGAUCCUCGAAUCGGAGGCCUUCUGGUCCAAUGCCCAGGCCUCCGACCAAGUCGUGGAGCUUUCGAAGCGCGUGGAUGCCUUGGCCCAAGACCUGGUGGCUUUGUUGGGUGCCACAUGGGAUCCACCUAUCACUCCCCAAGCUGAGCGAGUGCGCCUACGGAAAGCCACUGAAGCUUGUGGCCAGUUGGUUUCGAAGGCACAGAAGCACUUGGAAGCAGAUGAAGGUGGAGAAGCUUACAAUUGUUUGCAAGAGCUCUUGCCUUGGUGGCCCCAUCUCAAGAGCAGCCAUUCUCUUGAGAUUGUCGGGUUGUUCAGCAAGAUGCAGAGUUACGCGCAAGAGGCCUUCCUGGCGGCCGCAAAGGCCGGACACAGCGAGAGCGCCGAGGAGAUCCGUGGCUUCGCAGUACAGUUCGACGAGCUCCGGGCGAAGUUCGAGGGGUUGCCAGCUGCCUCAGGGCGUCCCUUGGGAGAGGCUUUGGAGUCUGGAGAGGCAAAAAUCCAGGUGGCCAAAGCACUGGACGUGGUGGAUGCGGAGGUGGCCAAGAGCGCGGAUGACGAUGAGUCCACGAAUUUGAGUUUGGCAACGACCAUUCAGGCCUUGGAAUCAUUGAAGAUGGCGUGGCCUGUGGCCAGCAAAUCAGACUCUGAGGAGUUGUACGAACGGCUGAAGAACAGCUGCUCUGGCCUCGAGAAGUUCAUCAUUGACACCAUCUCGAGCUGUCCAGUGGAGCAGAUCACCAGCUUCCUGCAGUUUGCGCAGGAGUACGACUCACGGCGAAGCACCAUUGAUGGAUCGGAGCCCCUCCGGCCACGCCUAACCUCAGACGCGUCGGUGCGCUAUUUGAGCCAAGCCGAAGGUGAGCUCGGAAAGACGGAAGGCAUGAAGCCUCACAUUCUCCUAGACAGCUUGAAGGCCGUGGUGGCCAUCUCGGACGGCAGUGACAGCAAGGUGCGCACCCAGCUGUUGCGAGUCAUGUCUGCUACGGACGAGCGCUUGCUGAAAUCCUUUGUAGAGACCAUCUCAGCAGAGGUGGAGAAUGAAAAGAAGGAGCUCUUACUGCAGAAGUUUGCCGAAUCUGCGGAUGAGGUUCGCGUGGCGUGUUCGAUCCCAGGAAGGCCCUUGGUGGAGGCUAUGCGGGAAAAGAGGACCGAGACAGCAAGCGAGUUGAUCAGCACUAUCCGGGACGAAAUUUCUGCCGGACAAGUGGGCUCGCUGGCCAAAGAGCUUGGUGCUUUAUCGCGGAUUUGCAAGAGGCUCCCGCCAGAGUCCUCGAUACCCAAAGAGGCAGCCGCCGUGGGGUCAAGGUUCCUCGAGAGCCUUGCGACUGCUCCGCUUGCAGAGGUGGAGAUGCUCAUGCCAUCAAUUUCAGCGGUCUCUGCUGCAUUAAAAGACUUGGGCGGCGACGCUGCGGACCUGCGUGGGAAACUUCUUGGCCGGGUGUGUGCAGGUCAUUUGGUGGCCGCGAGGAAUACGACGGAUCUCACCCAACUGGGCAAAGAGCUGGACAUCCUCGAGAAGUGUCGCAAGGAUGAAGCCUUGUCUGCGCAGCUGGGUGAGGAGAUCUCCCAAUUGGCCCAAAGCUUGGAAGAGACCUUCCUUGCACGCCUCCUGGAGGAGGGCCGUGCCAAGGGCUCUGCUGUCUUAGACCUGGCGAUAGUUGCCGAUGGAUGGAGGGACGAGCCCAUGCUCCCCAGGCUCACGAAGGCCCAUAAAGUGGUGGGACUCUUCGAAGAGGCCAUGGGAGAAGUGCAGAAGACCUCGGGAAUGAAUCCCAAAGUGGUGGUGACGGUGCUGAAGGACUUAGGGCCAUUGCUAGAAUCGGUGGCCAGCUUAGAGGCCUACCGCCAACGGCUGCUGACAAUUGUGGAGAAGUUCAGAGAAAAGCUUGAAGAAGCUUGCCAGAAGGCACUCGCAGCUGAAGGAGAUGUCGAAGCUCGCCUUGCUGGUUUGCUAAAGUUGGCAGAAAGUGGCGACGUGGCCCAGGAAGCUUUCUUAAGCGUUCCGGAGCUCUCCUACGAGAAGAAGAACUUUACCGAUUCCAUCUCGAAAGUGGGUGUGAAGAAAGCGUUAGAAUCCAUCGAAGCAGAACUCUCGAAAGAGUCUGGCAUGAAUCCAAAGCUCCUGCUGCAGAAGUUUCAAGAGCUAGGCAAGUGGGGUACGUUGCAGGAUACUCUCAAAGAUCGCUACCAGGCAUCAUGCGACAAGGUGAGUCAACGGAUGAAGGACUCCAUGCAGGACGCAAAGACAACGUCUAAUACUGGCAAGCAGAAGGCACUGCUGCAGUUUGCAAAGGAGUUCGACAUGGCCUCCAACAGCUCUCUGGAAGCGGAGUUACAAGCGUUGCUUGGGGAUGAAGGCGUUUGAGGCGAGAACAAUAAAUUUACUGUGGACAGAUGAUGAUAGAUGAAAUGAAUGGAACAUCCAGCUAUGGCUCAAAAACUGGAAGCCACGUUUC